AUGUCAGCUUUCACAAUCUCCAAUCCACGCAGACACAAUCUUCUAGCUCCAGCAGCGGGCGGCCCUAUCACCCUUCAAGUAGGAGAGCGGCGAUUCGUCACUACAAAAAAUACGAUGACAGGGGAAAGUCCUUUCUUCGCGGCACUAUUUUCAGGGCGCUGGGAUAGUAAUGAACAAGCAGACGGAUCUUAUUUCAUUGAUGCGGAUCCCGACCUCUUUGAACAUAUUCUGCGCUAUCUUCGACGAAGUGUCCUUCCUAUUUUCUACGAUAUCAAAAAAGGUCACGACCACGCUCUCUAUCUCGCGCUUUUGGGAGAAGCGAGAUAUUUCCAGAUUGCACGAUUAGAGAAUUGGUUAAAGAACAAGAGAUAUCUUUCGGCAGUAAAGAUCUACAGUUCUGUAGAGGAGUUGGACGAUUUGUGGUCGGAGUCUCUAAAUACAGAUCAAAAUGUAGAGUAUCGUCCGCGUUGGGAUACAAAAAAAGUUUAUAUAUGUCCACGGGGAAUUUAUGUACACAGGGGUAACUCGAGUGCGUGUGGAAGGCAGUGUGAGAAUGUACGUGGUGAUUCGGAUUACAUAUAUGAGAAUGAGCCAGUCUUGAAGACGUUGGUGAUUCGAAAAAAAAUUGUCGUCGAUCAAGCUGCUUGUAUGGAGGGAUUGGAUGAAGAAUGA